UCAAGAGGGCGAUGGCACCGUUGCUGCCGCCAUCUUGACUUCUUUGACCACAUCCUGCAGACCGCUCUGGCCUUCAGCACUCAGCACGUCCCAUCUCACAACCUGAUAACCCCCCGCAGAAUCUUCUGUCCUAUCGGGCGCCUUCUUUCCGCAAUCUCUUCAAAGAAACCAGCGCUUUCUUAUCCGGGGAAGACCUGGACAGCGGCACUCCCGGAGCAGAGCGCCCUCCCCGCCGCGAUCGCUCGUGGGGGCCGGGCUGCUGGACGCUUCUCCUGGGUCACCGCGUGGUGGCUCCUCCCGAAACAGCUGGAGCGCCGGCGGCCCCUUCCCCGCAAAGCGGCGGGCGAGGAAGGGAAAUUGUCGGCUGGCUCCGGGGCGCUCCCGAGUCUGGGCAGUCCCUGUAGCGACGCGUUGCCCGUUUCUCACGUCCUGCCUGGGGGCGCGGGGCGAAACCACGCAGACGCCGGAUGUCGGGAGGUAAAGUCGCCGGGCGCGUCGAUUGAAUAUAAUCUAUGAAUUUCAGUACAAUAAAGCAGAGAAGAAAAGGCUCAAGAAGCACUCCAUGCUUAGGAGGAGGAGGAGGAGGACUGUCUGCCUCAGAAAAGGGCAAGAAGUAAAGCCCAUGAGUUUCCCAAAGAGGUGGGUGACUGCUUUGCCACAUCAAUUGAUUAUCCACAGACUCUGUCACUUUUCAGCAGAGAAAUACAAUCUAGCAUCCCCCGGUCACCCUCCUGUUCAGCACAUUUUUGCCAAAUGACUCCCAUGGAUUUUUCCGUCUGCGUGCAGCAAGCGUAUUUAUUGCAGCUCUCGAUUUCUUUCUGCUUAGAUAUUUGAAAGCUGCCAAGCUACCCUCCGGCCAGCUAGCUAAGCUGUCUCGGGGGCCGCAUCUAUCUCCCCACCUGGCACAGGCAGCCACAGCCCCUCGCCUGCAUCCAUGAAAAAGGCAACGUGGCUGCAGGCCAGCCCACCCCCUCACCUUGCCCUCCCUGCACAACUCAACUUCCCUCCCUUCGUGGCUCUUCCUGAAGAAUCCCUGUCUAAUUUCUCUUUGGCCAAGCUCAUGUUACUUUACCAGGCCGAGAAUGGGACCUCCUUCAACUGGACCCACAGACAGAUUGUGGAGUGGGAGAAGUUUGCUGAGCUGGCAAGGUACGAGUCCCAGAAGCCUGCCGGGAAGGCUCUUCUGAUUGUGGCCUAUGCAGUGGUCAUCCUAGUCUCUCUCUUUGGAAACAUCUUGGUCUGCCAGGUGGUGGUCAAGAACAAGAAGAUGCACUCGGCCACCAGCCUCUUCAUGGCCAACUUGGCUGUCUCAGAUAUCAUGAUCACUUUGCUUAACACCCCCUUCACGCUGGUUCGAUUUGUGAACAGCACCUGGGUCUUUGGGAAAACUAUGUGCCACAUCAGCCGCUUUGUACAAUACUGUUCCCUCCAUGUCUCCACACUGACCCUAACAGCCAUAGCCUUGGACCGACAUCAGGUCAUCUUAAACCCACUUAAGCCAAGGAUGUCCCUGACCCAAGGAGCACUCCGUAUUUCUGCCAUCUGGAUCAUGGCAGCCUGCUUCUCUUUGCCCCAUGCAAUCUAUCAAAAGCUUUUCAAGUAUAAUUACAGGAAAACUACGGUCCGUAGCUUGUGCCUCCCUGACUUUCCUGAACCUGCUGAGCUGGUGUGGAAAUACCUGGAUCUUUCUACCUUCCUCCUCCUCUACCUCUUGCCACUCCUCUUCAUCACCAUCACAUAUGCCCGAUUAGCCAAGAAGCUGUGGUUGCGCAACACGGUUGGGGAUAUCACAAUGCAACAGUCUGUUGCCCAUCAUAAGAACAAGAAGAGAAGCAUCAAGAUGCUGAUCCUUGUGGUUGUCGUGUUCGCUGUCUGUUGGUUUCCCCUUAAUUGUUAUGUGCUGCUCAUCUCCAGCAUGGGCAUCCAGACCAGAAAUUCCCUUUAUUUCAUCCUGCACUGGCUGGCCAUGAGCAGCACUUGCUACAACCCUUUCAUCUACUGCUGGCUCAAUGAAGGGUUCCGCUCUGGGCUCAAAUCCUUGCUUGUCAUCUGUCGGAAGGCGCCCACCAUGCGGGACAAUCUGAGGCCAGGGAUGGUCCUACCUUAUCGGGAGGCCUGGAUGGAGCAAGCCAGGUACAAGCAUGGAUCUUUUUUACGUUCAACUACUGAUGGGCAGACACUCAACACAGAUUUGUAAUAUGGUGGAUCAAGGAGGAACAGUUAAGAUAUCAGCAAUGAAAAGAGAUCACAUCAAUAUAAAUGAAAAUAAAGCAUAUAAAUGAGAAUAUGCAGCAUGCAGAAAGAUUUUGCAAAAAGGAAAGAUCUACCAUACGUAGAAAAAAAAGUUUGGAAUAGAUAUAAAGCAAGAUUGUCUCCUAAAAUUCCUCUAUGGUUGUUACCUCAAGAAGCUUUUUAUAGAAGAGAAAUGACAGUUAAACAAACAUGGUUGACAUAUGCUGAUUUAUUGACUUUUCUUGAAAGAGAACUUAAAUUAAAAACAAGGUAAGAGCUGGAAAUGGAAAGUUAUACCUAUCAAUGGUUAUUUAUGCUCAGUUGCUAGAAAAAUUUAAACUGGACAAGAAGAUUUAUGACUUUACACAUGAGAAAACAGAUUUUGAGUUGGUCUUAUGUCAAUGGUGAACAUAUUAUUGCUGUAUAGCCUGUUAUUGAAAAUGAAUAUGGAAGAUGAGUAUGUUAAAGACUGUAUGAUUAAUUGGACAAAAACUUUGGAUAUAACAUAAUGCUUGAACAAUGGAAUAAAAUGUGGAGCAAAGGACUGAAGUUUACACUUAAUUACAAUCUGAAAGAGAACUUUUAUAAAAUGAUGUAUCAUUGGUACUCAACACUGGAUAAAUUGUCUAAGACAUAUAAGGGUGUGUCAAAUGUACACUGGAAACGUAACCAAUGUGAAGGCACUUUUUAUCAUCUUUGGUGGGCUUGUAAGAAGGCUAAGAAAUACUGGGAUUUGAUAUGUACUUUAAUUCAGAGAAUUUUAAGAAUGGAUGUACAACUGAAAACCAGAGGUUUUUCAUUUAGGUAUGGUGGAUAAACAGAUUGAAAGAAAACAUGUGACUUUUUUGCUUAAUAUGAUAACAGCAGCGAGAUUCUUAUUUGCGCAGAAACAGCAGGACCCAUAAAUACCUACAACUGAAGAAUGGAUGAAGUUGAUCGAGUGGGGGAGAUGGCAAAAUUGACCAUUUUGAUUAAACAAAAGACUUUAUCUAGUUUUGUUUCUACUUGGAAACCACUUUUGGACUUUUUGCUUGAAAUUGAAAGAAAUGGAACUUUAAUGUUGGGAUUUGAUGAUUAAUACUGUUUAUGAUUAUAGAAAUACUGUAUAUUAAUUUAA